AUGAAGCUGGUGAAGGGCCCAGAGUGGAACUCUUGGAAGCAUUAUGAGGAGGAAGAGGAGGAUGCCCUGCCUGACUCAGACGACGAGGUGGAUUUGGAUAAGCCACGCCCCAUACAGAUUGUUCUUGCUCAUGAAGAUGACCAUAACUUUGAAUUAGACGAAGAAGCAUUGGAAAAAAUCUUGCUUCAGGAGCACAUCAAAGAUCUUAACAUAGUAGUUGUGUCUGUAGCGGGAGCUUUCCGCAAAGGAAAAUCUUUUCUGCUGGACUUCAUGCUUAGAUACAUGUAUAACAGGACUUCUCCUUGCUGGAUAGGUGGAAACACUGAACCAUUGACUGGGUUUACAUGGAGAGGUGGAUGUGAACGGGAAACCACUGGCAUUCAGAUUUGGAGUGAAGUAUUUGUAAUUGAUAAACCCAAUGGAACAAAGGUUGCUGUACUACUCAUGGAUACCCAAGGUGCCUUUGAUAGCCAAUCCACUAUCAAAGACUGUGCAACGGUUUUUGCUCUGAGUACCAUGACAAGUUCUGUCCAGGUAUACAACUUGUCCCAGAAUAUUCAGGAAGAUGACCUUCAACAUUUGCAGUUAUUUACAGAGUAUGGAAGAUUAGCUAUGGAAGAAAUUUACCAAAAGCCAUUUCAGACACUAAUGUUUUUAAUUAGAGAUUGGAGCUAUCCUUAUGAACAUGCAUAUGGCUUGGAAGGAGGAAAGAAGUUCCUAGAGAAAAGAUUGCAGGUAAAGCAAAACCAACACGAAGAGCUACAGAAUGUAAGGAAGCAUAUUCACUCCUGUUUCAGUAAUCUUGGCUGUUUCCUGUUGCCCCACCCUGGUCUUAAAGUUGCAACAAAUCCAAAUUUUGAUGGGAGGUUGAAUGAUAUAGAUGAGGAUUUUAAGAAGGAACUGCGGAAUUUGGUACCAUUACUGCUUGCCCCUGAAAACUUGGUAGAAAAAGAGAUUAGUGGAUCCAAGGUGACCUGUAGAGAUCUUGUAGAAUACUUCAAGGCUUAUAUUAAAAUCUAUCAAGGAGAGGAGCUACCUCAUCCAAAAUCUAUGCUGCAGGCAACAGCUGAGGCGAACAAUCUGGCUGCUGUGGCAGGAGCAAAAGACUUGUACAGCAAAGGCAUGGAGCAGGUCUGUGGGGGAGAUAAGCCCUACAUCGCCCCGUCGGACCUGGAGCGGAAGCACCAGGAUUUCCGGGAGUCGGCCGUGCGGCAGUUCCGCGCCGUGAAGAAGAUGGGAGGGGAGGAGUUCUGCCGGCGCUACCAGGAGCAGCUGGAAGUGGAAAUCGACGAGAUCUAUGCAAACUUUGUGAAGCACAACGAUGGCAAAAACAUCUUCUAUGCUGCUCGUACCCCUGCCACUCUAUUUGCAGUCAUGUUUGCCAUGUAUAUAACCUCAGGACUGACUGGGUUCCUUGGUAUGAACUCCAUAGCUACCCUGUGUAACCUCCUGCUGGGGAUGGCUCUUAUAUCAUUUUGUACUUGGGCAUAUGUUAAGUACUCUGGGGAAUUCAGAGAAGUUGGAACAGCCAUUGAUCAGAUUGCUGAAGCUAUAUGGGAACAGGUGUUGAAGCCCAUGAGUGAUAAUUUGAUGGAGGAUCAUAUGAGGCAGUCUGUAAAAAACUCUAUCAAAGCAGGCCUGACCGAGCAGGUGUCUCACCAUGCCAGACUAAAGACAGACUGACAGUUCAUCUUCUCUUCAACUCUGCCCUCUCAUCCUAGACAUGCUUGCUGUACCAUGAGAACUCAAUGAUUAAAAAAAAAAAUUAAAAAUAAACCAAAGUUUACAAUCAACUGUAGAAGUAGUUUAGUGUGACUGGCUUCACAGAUUGCUGCCAUCACCUGGGAAGAGUAACUCUGUCAGUGCUCUAAGACAAACUGGUGCC